AUGAAUCACGCUUUAAGGCGCGCAACCUUGGGACUGUCGCCAGGUUUACGAGCAUCGCGACUACAAUCAUCAUUUGCGAAACAUCAAUUACCAGCUGUGUACCAUUGCAACACUGCUUCAACACCAUUUCAACGCGCUUUUACAACAUCGAGAUGUUUUAGACAAGAAGCUGCCACGGAAAGUGAACAAGAGGCUGCAGCUAGACGGGACGACCUGAGCGAAAAGGCUCGCAAGAGAGAUACGAAAAAGGUCACUUCUGGUUCCAGUGCUCAAACAUUGGAGAAUGAUAGACCAUGGCACAGAGCAGACUCUGGGGCAGAACCAGAUGCGCCAAGGGAUGCCCCUGAGAAUAAGGACAUGAAAAAGGGACGUCUUCUAACGACUCCAACCCGCCUACUGAAGCUCAUUCUACCAAUGCCCUUCCAUCCCGAACAAGAACACGUCAAUAGGCCAGUGCGGGGUGACGUUGAUGAUGCAGGCGAAACAGUCGAACCGCUGGCUCUUCUUAUUCACCCCCACCAGCCACUUUCCUAUCUCGAGCGAUUGAUCCAAGCCGAAAUACCUCCCGUUCAAUACAAGGGCCGCGAAAAGCUUCCCGACAUUGUUUUCCGAGCCGAAGCCGACCAAGAGGAACAAGGCGGGAAGAAGGAAAACAAGAAAAAGAACGAUAAUGGCAAUGUCGCAUCAUACUCUGGGCUCGGUCACGAAGGCCCUGCCAAUAAAGAAGCCAACUGGGUGCGAUGGAGUGGCAGCACCGAGAUCGGAGACUUUAUCAGAGAUGCUGCUCGUGGUCGCGAAUUUGCAAUCAACGUUGAAGGCUUCGACAAGGAACUCCGAGUUGCCGUACCAAGUUUCAGAGACCGUACAUACUACAUGCGCAUGACUCUGCGACGCAUGUCACGCAACAUUGAAUCCAUGUCGAAGGUCAAGAACGAAUGCGACGCGCUGGCUCACAAGGGAGCGCACCGUCUAGCACAAGGAGGUUUCGCGGCUCUGGCCGGAUGGUGGGGAGUUGUUUACUACGUUACAUUCCACACUCAGGCGGGGUGGGACUUGGUAGAGCCUGUCACUUACCUGGCUGGCCUGUCAACUGUCAUGGGUGCUUACCUUUGGUUCCUGUACAUCAGCCGCGAUCUUAGCUACAAGGCCGCCAUGAAGGUGACAGUAUCCAAGCGACAGGCGGCACUGUACCAAGAGCGAGGUUUCGACCAAAGCAGGUGGGAUCAGCUUAUCCACGAGGCCAACGAUUUGCGAAAGGAGAUCAAGAUCAUUGCAAGCGAGUACGAUGUUGAUUGGGAUGAGAAGAAGGAUUUGGGUGGCGAGGAAGUCAAGAAGGUCCUUGAGGAAGAGAAACAGGGUCGCGAUGGUACCAAAGUGACCAAGGGUGAGGACGAUGAUGAAGGUCCCCGAUCAUCCGCCGAGAACAAGAGGAAGCAGUAA